AUGGCCCAGUCACGGUUGUGUCAACGUGUCGUCUUUCUUCUCCUCGCUUUCACAAUCGUCGUUCUUCCCUCGACCUCGCACUCAGCUCACUUUAGCAACAAGGCGUCAAAUUUCGCUCGUUUCGCGAGUCGUUCCGAAAGGCGUUCGCCGGACUUCGCUUACUCUCGCGUGAGAGGGGCUCCAUUGGCGGAGUGGCAGCACCGGCUGCUGACAUGGCAUGCGGGGCAGGCAGGCGGCGGGAGGGACGCACUGAGGGAGCAGAGGGCGGGGAGCGAGGAGGAAUGGCCUGGGGAGGAGGGGAGUGGCAGCGAUGCAAGUGGUGGAGAUGGCAGCCGUAGUAUGGGGGAGGUGGUGGGGCAAGCAGGUGCAGUGGGGGGGAACGGGGGGGAAGGCAAGGAGGAGGAGAGCGGGUGUGAAAGGGCGGGGACGCAUGAAAGGAGGUCAACGGGAGCUGGUGGAGGGGCGGAAGGGGGAGCGUUGCACGUGGGGAGGGGCGGAGGUGCUUUCCAUGGCAGACAGGCGGACUCUCACGCAGGAUGGGGUGGGGGCGACUCACGUUUAGGGUGGGGUGGGGCGGAUCUACUUUCAGGGUGGGGUGGGGCGGACGAAGGUGACUCUCUGCUGGCUGACUUCCUCCCUGUGCUCGACCCGCUUCGCCUGCCAUCUCUCUUCCAAUCAGCUGCUGCCACCUCAGCUUCCGCGGACACCUCUCCUUCAUCAGGCCUGCAUGCCACGUCAGCAGCAGGGCAGGAGGACGUGGUGAGAGCUGGAGGGUUCCAGUUUGCAGCACGCACAACUGAUGCUGACGCAGGCUGGGCAGGGGGGGGCGUAGAGGAGGGCAGAGCGGGGGAGAGCAAAGCUGGGGGGCAGCAAGGGGUGGGACGGGGGAGACAGCUGAAGCAACAGCGCAGUGAGGGGGUGGCGCAGGGCGGAGGGCGAGACAAGAGAAGCAAGGCAGCAGAGGGAGGGGGAGGUGGAGGGGGAGGGAGCGAGGCAGCACAGGGUGGCCCGAUCACGGAGGGCGGGAUGAGUCUGACAGAGCUGUCGUCCGCAGUGCUGUCGGGGUCGCUGCUGUCUGAAGCCCCUCUCGGCUCCCCCGUGCUCCUCCGCCUUGCCUUCUCCUCCGGCCCCAAGGCAGGCCUCCACGCCGUGCAGCAGCCACCGCAGCAGCAGCAGCAGCUUCAGAAGGGGGAGGCGGGAGCAGCAUCAGCAGCACCUGGGGGCGUGUCGUCGCCCUUCUUCCGCCUGUCAUCACAGGUGGACCUGUCGCAGUCACGCGUGCAGCUGUUCGGUCCAAUGCCGCACUCGCGCCGCCGCACCUUCCCCCUCGCCGUCGCCCACGCCACUGAUGCUGCGGGCGGGGAGGUGCUCACUGCUAACUUCACAGUCAAGCUGCCCGGAGCGUACAGUGUGAUGGUGGUGGUGGCGGACACACAGGGCAACCGCCUCAAGUUCAAGGCGCCCAACUUCUUCCGCUCCGCCAUCCCCCUCCCCGCCGCCCUCCUCCCCGCCGCCCUCCUCCCCGCCGCCUCCACGCCGCUCUCCCCCAUCACGGCGGCCGCACCUGCAGCAGCGGUGGCGGGGCAGCAGGCGCAGAUGGCCUUUGCUCUCGUCAGCUCGGACGGCACGCACAUCCCUGCCACCGACGCUGAUGUGAUUGUUGCCAGUGUGACAAAAGUGAACGGUGCCGCUGGUACCAGCAGCAGCAACAGCAGCAGCAGCGGUGACAGCGGGGGUGGUGGGGAGGGCAGUGAGUGGGGGGAGGGGCCAUCAGGGGUGGGCGUGGAGGUGGAUGGGGCCUCGGGGCUCAUCAUUCUGCGCUUCACCCCGCCCUCUCACGGCAAUUACUCCCCCGCGCUCUCCCUCAUCCGCGCCCAGCAGACCAUCAAUCUCCAAAACCCUCCACCCUCACCCACCUCCUCUUCCGCUUCCUCUGCUGCCUCCUCCGCGCCCUCCUCUCCCUUCCCCUCCUCCUCCGUGCUCCUACAGGUGGCGCCAGGCGAGCCCAGUGGGGACGCCUCAGGGCCGCUGCUGGUGGCGGCGCAGGAGGUGACAGUGGGGCAGACGGGGCGCCUGACAGUGUAUGUGCACGACGCCAUGGGCUCCGACCUGCCCGCCGAGCCCCUCCUCUCGCUCUUCUCCGCCUCCUUCUCAGUCGCCUCCAACUUCUCCCAGCAGCAGCUCACCUACCCCGCCACCCUCACCCUCUCUGCCUCCCCCUCCUCCUCGCCCACCUCGCCCUCCAACUCCUCCUCCCUGGAUGUCACCUUCGAUACAGGCACACUCGCAGGGGUGGCGUCUCUCUCGGUCCUUCUCUCAGGCCGGCACAUCCGAGGAAGCCCGUUCCCCUUCACAGUGCUCCCCGGCCCUCUGCACCCACCUUCCUCGCUGCUAUACGGGCCAGGGGCGCAUGGAGCAGUGCCUAAGUUCCCUGCGUUUCUGCAGCUGCAGCUGAGGGACGCGUGGGGGAACGUGCUGCUGGCAGGGGGCGCAGGGCAGGACGUGCAGGUGGGGGUGGUGCCCGCAGCGCAAGGGGCGGCGGCAGCAGCGGCGCUGGUGGGUGCAGGGGGGAAUGGAGCGGUGCAGAGGGGUAUGCCAGCGGUGGCGGAGGGUACGGCGGUGAGUGUGGUGGACAGCGGCAACGGUUGCUACUCUAUCUCCUACCGGGUCACCAAGCCCGGGGCCUACGCUAUCCUUGUGACUGUAGGCGAUGUGCUCUUGCAGAACGUGACUGUAGCGGCGACCCCAGCAGUGGACGCCAGUGCAGGCAGCGCUGCCGCCCAGCCCACGUGUGUGGUAACCGCAUCGCCCGCCUCCGGCCCCAUGCAGCAGCUGCUCGCCUUCGCGCCGCCUCUCGUCCAAUCAGGCGCCGCCAUGUGGCUGCGCAUUGUGGCAGUAGAUUCAGCAGGAAUGGCAGCUGUAUCAGACCCUGCUGUGCUCUCCGCCAAUCUCUCCCUCACUCUGCUCUCCACACAGGGGCAAGUGGCUGACAUCACUGCCACGCCCGUCGCCCCCUCCUUUGGAGGGAAACCCAUCCCUGCACUGUGGCAAGCACAGGUUACUGUUCAGUUGGCCGGCAGCUUUGUCCUGAUCUGCACGGAGUGCCUGGGGCGGGCGAGCAGCAUGGUGGUGAAGUCAGGCCUGCCGCUGCAGCUGCUGCAGGGGGAUGCAGUGGGGGGGGACAAUGCCUCCUCCUCUGUUGCCCCCUCUGCGCCCCCCUCUGCCCUCUCUGCCAGUGCUGCAUCAGCUGCAAAACCAAGCAAUGGGUUGGAAGAGAUCACUCUUGCGGCUCACACGCAGUUGCACAAGCACAGAGCGCCCCCUGUCACUGCCAGUGCUGCCAUCACGGAGGCUGGCGGCACUGGGGAAACAGAUGGCUCGACAUUGUCGGUCCAUGAUGCUCUCUUCCCCUCCCUCGCUUCCACUCAACCCACUGCCACGUCUUCCUCUCCAACUGAACCCACCAGCAGCAGCAGCAGCAGCAGCAGCACUGCCUCCUCUGCACUGCAUGGCCGCACACUGCAGACUGCUGUUGACACUGCCAGCAGCAGCAGCAGCAGCAGCAUGAAGGGUGCGAGGGCAGUGGCACAGGACACAAACUACGGGCUCAUAUCCGGCACACAGGGCUCCUUCUCCCUCACCGUCCUCCCCGGCCCCACCGCCCCCGCCCGCUGCUCCUUCGCCCUCGCCCCAGCCCCCGCCUUCGGCCGCGUUGUCGUGGUGGGCGGCGCCGUUCGUCUGCCUCUGCAUGCCAGCGACAGCAGUGGUAACCAGCAGAGUUACAGCCUCAGCCGCUACCCGCCCUCAGCAGACGCUUUCUCAGUUGUCGCCUCCCCCGCACCCGCCUGCCAGCCCCCCAAGGGACAGGCUGUACCUGUUGCAGGGGACGUGGCAUUCGGGAGGCUACAAGCAGGGAGCUUCGAUGCUGAACUCAACUUCACCCGGGCAGGCGAGUAUACUGUGCAGGGUUACCUGGGGGAGGUGGCAUUUGGGGCAAAGGCGGAGAAGUUCAUGGUGCUGCCGGGGGAGGUGGAUCCGGGGGAGAGCUAUGUGGACGGGGGGGAUGUGAGGGAGGCGGAGGCGGGCAGUGUGGUGCGAAUGAGGCUCGUGCUGCGCGAUGCACUGGGCAACACCGCUAUCCCCUACCACCUCCUGCUGCCCAACUCCUCCCUCUCCGCCCAACCCCCUGCCUCUGCCUCUGCCUCUGCCGCUGCCUCUGCCUCUGCCGCUGCCUCUGCCUCUGCCGCCGCCUCUCCCGCUGCCUCUCCCGCUGCUGCUGCUGCUCCACCGGCGGCAGUGAAGGCGCCGUGCUCCGUGGUGCUGAGGCCGGUCAACCUCACCCACCGCGCCUCGUGGUGGGGGGGGCUGUGGACGCAGGGCGAGGCGGACGCGGGUGGGGGAGGGGGGGAGAGUGGGGGGAGUGCGGACGGACAGGAGGAAGCAGGUACUGUGGUCAUGGCGGCUGUGGGGGGUGGGAAGAGAGUGAAGCCUACACAGGAGGGGGCGCAGGAAGGGGGGCAGCAGGUGGAAGAAGCGGGGGGGAUAGAGCCAGAAGGUGUGAAGUGCAUGUGGAGUGCUGCAUGCUCGCUGCCGCUGUGCCAGGCGCUCACCGCCUCUGAAUACGGCAUGCAGCAGGAAGCAUCAGGAGCAGCGGCACGAGGCACAGGCAGCAAGCGAGCAGCAGCAGACGGGGCAGGGGCAGCAGGUGCAGCCGAGGGGUGUGUGUUGGACGUGCAGUUUGACGCGCGGCAAGCCGGGAACUUCAGCGUGACAGUGCUGCUGGAAGGUUCCAGGAAGAAGCUGGUGUUCCCGGUGCCGUUGCUGCAGGUGGUGCCAGGAGCCCCCUCAGCAGAGCGCAGCACGGUGCAGCUGAACAGCAACUCCGCUGCUGCUGGCUCGCCGCCUAAUGUCACUGUGGUGGCCAGAGACGCCCUGGGGAAUGAGAUCCGCGACUUUGACCCCUCCACUCUGCUCUAUGCCGUGCAGGUGUACCUCGCAGGCCAGCCUGUCCCAGGUGCCACCUUCCCCCUCACUGUGCUGCCUGCGCCGCCCGCCGCCGCCCUGUCAUACGCGUUCGGGCCGGGCCUGGAGCGCACAGUGGCGGGCGCACCCUCGACGUUCACACUGCAGACACGCACAGCACAGGGGCUGUACCCCGGGCAGACCACGGCAGAGGGCGGGGGGGUUCAGGGUGGGUGGACGCAGCUGGCACAGGGUGGGGUGGGAGACAACAGCAGCAGCAGUGGAAGCACGAGCGGCGGUGGCGGGAGCGCCAGUGCGUGGGGCAGCAGUGCGACGUUCAUGGACGGGGCGGUGGCGGUGGUGGUCACGGUGUUCGCGCGGCGCAACGUGACCCGGCAGGCCGAGGUGCGGUCCGUAGUCUCCCUAGGAGGCGGCGCGUACCGCAUCACAUACACCACGUACGAGCCGCCUCACGGGGGGUUCUACCGCGUGCGCGUGCAGCUGCAUGUGGACGGCAGCGGCGAGCCCCCCGCGGACAUCAUGGACGGGCCUUUCUUCGUGCCCUUCUUCCGCGGCUCCGCUGCUGCUGCCCUCUCCACUGUCAACGCCUCGCUGCAUACGGUGCUCUCCCAGCCGGUGAAUCAGCCGCUGGUGCUGCUGGUGACCACGGCGGAUCAGUUUGGCAACGUCGGCCCGUACAGCCCUCUCAUGGACACCCUCCCUCUCGUCUUCACCGCCACUCCUGCCCGCUCCUCGUCCUCCUCGCCCCCGGCUUCGAAUGCUCCUCCCGCUGCCCCGCCCAGCACAUCACUGCGCGACCUGUACAACGGGUCGUGUGUGGCGGUGUUCUCUGCCGCCCAGCCCGGGCGGUAUCAGCUGUCCAUCAAGAUCGCGGGGUACUUCGUGGGCGGCGCCAAUGGGCCCAUUGACGUGGACGUCAGUGACGCUGCUGCCAAUGCCACUGCCUCCGCCCAACCAGCGGCAUUGACUGCAGUGGCGGCAGCAGCAGCGGCAGCUGCAGCACCAACAGCACCGGCACCAGCGGCAGCCGGUGACUCUGACGAGGACAAUACAGCAGCAACCCCACCAGCAGCAGCGCUGCCACGGAAUCUACCCGGGGUGGACGCGUUACUCCGCGAGGCAGAGAGCAGCGCAGCAGCAGCGGGCACGGACGCCUGGCAGGUCACGGCCUCCCAGUGGCGCGUCAAAGGCCUAGCCGGCGGCGGCUCGUCCCUCUUCGCCCUCACCCCCACCGACUUCCUGCUUGUCCCCGACGCCAACUCCGACGGCCUCAGUGACGCGCGCGCCGCCUCCGAGUCCCCCCGCUCCGCGCCCCUCUCCUGGGACGUGCUUGUUCAGCCAGUCCUCCCCCCGCCCUCCCCCUCCACCCCGGAUCCCUCCCGCCCCGCCUCCCGCCCGUCCACAGUGCAGCCUCUGUAUGAUGGUACCUGCCUCAUCGCCUUCACCCCCCCGGGCCCCGGCCCGUUCCUGCUCUCCAUCCGCCUCUUCUCCCAGCACGUGCCCGGGUCGCCCUUCCUGCUCUCCGCUGUCCCCGGCCCUGUAGCGCCGGAGCGCUGCGACGUGUGGGGGUCGGGGCUGGGGCCGACAGUGACAGCAGGGCAGGCAGUGGCAGUGAAGGUGCGGGCGAGGGACCGGCAGGGGGUGGUGCGGAGGGUGCGGGGGGACCUGUUCACGCUGCAGAUCUUUGGAGGGGGCGGGGGGGGAGGGGGGGACGCAGGGCUCUACUCCAGCUCGCUGCUGCAGCCCGCGGCCACAGGAGGCGCGCAGGAGCAGGGGGUGUACGAGGGGGGUUAUACAGCCGUGCAGGCAGGGCGGGUGGCGGUGUGGGUGGUGUUUCACAAUACCAUCGUCGCCACUGCUGCUGUCACUGUGCUGCCCGGCCCGCCUGCUGCUAACACGUCUGCAGUGCUGGUGCCGGCGGGAGGGGUGAGGGUGCGGGCGGGAGGAAGAGCGGAAGUGCUGGUGGCGCUGCGAGAUGGGCUUGGGAACGUGGCUUCCUUUGAUCCCACUGCUGCCACCAACACUGCCGCCAACACCGCUGCUGCUUCCUCGCAGCUCUCUGUGAAGCUCCUCUCCUCGCCUCUCCCCGCCUCCUCCCCCGCCCCCACCUUCGCACCCACCACCAUCAACCCGUCCCUCAUCGCCCUAUCCGCCCUGCUCACCAUCGCCGGCUCGUACCAGCUGCAAGUGCUGCUCAACGGCUCGCCCCUCCCCUCCCCCCCUCUCGCCCUCCAAGUCGUCCCAGCCGCCCCGGCCGCCUUCUCCCUCUCUGGGUUUCCACCUGCUGCUUCCUUCCCCGUGGCCCGCCCAGUGGUUGUCCACGUGGCGCUGCGUGAUAGGUUUGGAAACGUGGUGGGGCACGGGGCGGGGGAGGAGGGGCGGGUGGGGGGGUCGGUGACGGUGUCUCAUGGGGAUGAGGCGACGGGAGGGGUGGUGGGGGAGACGUAUAUGCUGAACGUGACUGCAGUGAAUGUGACUGCAGCGGAGAUGAGUGACACGGAAUGGCAGGGCACUGUAGCCACCACCACUGCCGCUGCUGUUGCAGCUGCCACCACCACAGCUGCCACAGCGACCCGCAGCAAGUCAGCCGCAUCACCCGCCCCUGCUCCCUCUUCUGCCUCCCCCUCCCCUUCCUCCUCCUCCCCUCCCUCAAUCCCUGCCUGGCAGCUGUCCUUCACCCCACAGUCCCCCGGGCAAGCCUCUCUCCAGCUCAUGGUGGGUCCCCCCAACGCCGCCCUGCCGCUCUCUGACCCGGCCUCCUCCCUCCCCCUGCAGGCCACCAUCCUCCCACGCCCGGUCAGCCUCGCACACUCCACUCUGUACGGCGCAGGGCUGCAGCAGGGAGGGGGGGUGCGGGCGGGCACGGUGGUGGAGAUGGGCAUGUGUGUGAGGGACGCACAGGGCUUCCCUCUCCUCACUGACUCCGCCAAGCUGCUCAAAGUGUCGGUCACUCUCGCCUUUGUUGCUCUCCCUGCGCCCACCCCCAGAGCCUUCCUGCCCGUUCCUCCAGCCUCGGCCGUGCCUCGCGCCCGAAUGGGGUACGGCGGGGGGUGCAUCUUCCGAGGCUCGUUCAAUCCCCCCAACAACACAGCCACGGGAGCGCCAUCGGCAGUGGCAACGGCAGCAGCAGCGCCGUACGGGCUGUCAGUUUCAGUGCUUGUCAACAGCCGCCCCGUCCGAUUCCAGUCCACCAACAUCACUGUUCACCCCGCCCUGCCGCCCAGUGCGCCGCUCCCGGCCAAUCUCACGGUGACAGCUGUCACGGCGGACGGGGUCCCCAUUCCGAACGGCUACCAGCUCCGCGGCGGGGCGGCUGGUUCGGAGACCAAGUUCGGCGUGCGGUUCACCGAUGGUAGCGGCACGGCGGUGCUGGUUGAGGAUGACUCUGCCCUCGUGCUCAAACUCACACCCUCGUUCGACGCUCUCGACCCCGAUCCCACUCUUCUCUUCGGCCCUGCUGCUGCCGCUGCUGUUGCUGCUGCAGGCGCGCAGGGGGUUGGGGCGGAGGGGGGCAAGGACAGUGUGAGUGUGAGUGUGAGCAAGGGAGGGUACGUGACGGUGACGGUGGUGGCGGCAGCGGCGCAUGUGGCGUGGCGCAACGUGCAUUACUCCACGCCUGACGGCUCGUCUGCUGGCUGGUUCCAGCUGCUGCUGGCGCCAGGUGAGGCGGAUGACCAGAAUGAGGGGAGUGGAGUGGAGGGCAUCUCGAGUGCCAACUGGCCGGCCGUGGCAGUGAGGGUGGACGCGGCAGCGCUGCAGGCGUGUGGGAGGGGGGCGUGCAUGGUGGGGCGGCGCACAGCCUUCAGCAUGGCGGUGCUGGACGCCUCAGGCGCCGCGCGCACCUUCAACCGCCUCACCGGGGAGGGUGACUCGCUCACCGUGCUGCUCACCCGCCCAGGCACCACUCAGCCUGUCUUUACUUCUGCUGCCACUGUGAACUCAAAGGGGAACUAUCUGGGAAGCUUCCUGCUGUACGAGCCAGGCAACUUCACGCUCUCAGUGCGUCUGAACAACCAGACGGCCUUCAGCACGCCAGUCCACAUCCUGCCAGGCCCCUUCUCCCCGUCGCUAUCGCGCCUGCACGACCUGGCAGCCACAGCAGUGGCGGGCCAGCCCUACAGCUUCAACGUCACUCUCAGCGACGCCUUCGCCAACCCCUACGUGCUGCCGGGCCUGCCCCUCCUGCUGCACACGCGCUCGCCCUCCUCCGAGGCCCACCACGGGGUGCUGCUCUCGUCGCCCGCCACGCCCACCGUCACCGCCACCAUCACUGUCUUUGAGUCGGGCCCGGCUCACCUCUCCGUCACCCACCUGCCCUCGGGGGCGCACCUCUGGGGGUCGCCAUUUACUUUUACUGUGCUGCCCGGCCCGGUUGCUCCUGCUGCAUGCUCGCUGCUGGGCCUGGUGAACGGUACGCUGGUGGGCAGCAAUCAAACGUUUCUGGUGGUUGCCCGGGAUUUGUAUACGAACCCAAUAGAGUAUCCCACAGCAGGCGAGUCAGGGCUGACCUUGAAUGUCACAUUCGUCCCUGCCCCAUCCUCCUCUUCCUCCUCUGCUGCUGCUGCUGGCGGUGGCAGCGGGGCAAAAGCAGCAUCAGCAUUGCAGCCCACGCAGAUCGACUCGUCUCUCAGGAAUCCCAGUCUGCCAGCUGGCGGCCUCGUUUUCACCCUCCCCACGGCAGCAGCCGGGAAGUACAUAGUGUCGGUCAAGGUGGGCCCCACACACAUCAUGGGCAGCCCUGCUGACGUGUCAGUGCUGCCGCCCGCCCCGUCAGCCAGUGUGCAGGCGUCCUUCGACCGCUCCCAGCGCGCCCUCUCCGUCGCCUUCUCUCCCACUCUCACCCUCUCCUCGCCCUCCACUGCCACCGCUGGAGCACCACCAGCAGGAGGGGCAGCAGGAGGGGCAGCGGGAGGCAUGGGGGGAGGGGGAGGUGUGGGGCAGCAGGAGUGCGCGGAACUGCUGGAUGGGGAGAGCUUGGCGCGGGUGGGCACGGGUGCGCAGUGCGUGUGGCAGGACUCGUCCCGCCUGCUGGUCUACCUGGGCUUUAACUCCUCCCUGCGCCCCUUCACCUCCCUCACCGCCACCACCGCUCCCAACGCCACCCUCUCCUUCCUCCCCACCCUCUCCGCCCCCUCCUCCUCCCCUUCCCCCGGCCCCCCCUCCUCCCCCACCUCCUCCUCCUCCGCCCUGGCCGUGGGCGUCGGCCCGCCAGGCGGCGCAUCAGGCGCGCGAACGCCUCAGGAGGUACAAGAAGCGGUGCAGGCGGGGGCGGUGGUGGUGGCGGCGCUGGACGCGCCGGGCACGGUGGGGCUGUGCGACGCGCUGGUGCUGGACGCGUCGGGGUCGCGGUCGCUGUACGGGGCGGUGCUGGCCUUCUCCUGGCGCGUGUUCUCCGACGCCGAGUCGCUCUCACUGGACCUCCUCGUGUCGUCGCAGGGCGCUGACGCCACCACUCUCACCAUCCCGCCCAAGACGUUGACUCCCGGGGCAGCAUACGAG